AUCAAAUGCGCAUGCGUCAGGGUUGUGACGUUUAUAAAAUAUCGCAUGCGCGCAGUGCACAAAAGGCCUCGGGAGAUCGAUGCAGGUUAUUGUAGAUUUGCAGAUCCGUACACGGGCCCCGGGGAGCUUCCGGCUGAUGAGGGAAUGGGAACCGAUGGAUCUCUCAGACAGAGCUGAGCUCCAGUUAUUUAAAUGCAAGGAUUCGGAACUCGGAGAAAGGGAACAAAAUCUUUUCCAUCGCCAGUUGAGGAAAUCACCUUUGUUCUACCUCCAAUCACAGACAGGAGGCAAUCUACAGAUGCUGAAAAUCCAAGCAACACGCACAAAAUGCCGGAGGAACUCAGCAUUGGUACUCUUUUCCAUAGAUGCUGCCUGGCCUGCUGAGUUCCUCCAGCAUUUUGUGUGUGUUGCUUGUUCUACCUCCUCUUCUUCUGGACUUUUCUACCCGUGAGAACAUGUUUUGACUCAUUCUGUCUGGGUUAAAAAUGACAAGGAAAUUAUCUACAUGAAUCUCGAACACAAAACACCACUUUGAUGUCUCUGUCUGGAUAUUUACGAAGUGGAGCAAGAGAUUCACGUGAUUAUCCUUCCUGCUGAGACUGUGGGGAGGGAUUCAGGUGGACAUCUGACUGACUGGCAUGCCCAUCAUUUUACACGGGAGAGGCCAUUCACCUGCUCAGACAGUGGGAAUGGAUUCACUUGGUCAUCUCAACUGAAAGUACAUCAGCAAAUUCACACUGGGACAAGGCCAUUCACCUGUUCUGUGGGUGAUAAAGGAUUCAGUCGGUCUUCACACCUGUGGAUACACCAGUCAGCUCACACUGGCCAGAGGCUGGUCAUCUGCUGAAUUUGUGGGGAACGAUUCACUCGGUCAUCUGAACUAAUGGCUCACCAGCGAGUUCACAGUGGGGAGCAGACAUUCACAUGCUCGGAAUGUGGGAAGGGAUUCACUUGCUCAUCUAAACUGAGGGUACAUCAGAGAGUUCACACUGGAGAGAGGCCAUUCACCUGCUCAGACUGUGGGAAGGGAUUCACUCGAUCAUCCAACCUACAGAGUCACCAGCGAGUUCACACUGGGGAGAAGCCGUUCACCUGCCCAGACUGUGGGAAGGGAUUCACUCAGGCAUCUCACCUACUGAGACACCGGUCAGUUCACACUGGGGAGAAGCCAUUCACCUGUUCAGACUGUGGGAAGGGAUUCACUCAGUCAUCCAACCUACAGAGUCACCAACGAGUUCACACUGGGGAGAAGCCGUUCACCUGCUUAGACUGUGGAAGGGGAUUCACUCAAUCAUCCACCCUACAGAGACACCAGUCAGUUCACACCGGGGAGUGGCGGUUUACCUGCUCAGAUUGUGGGAAAGGAUUCACUCAGUCAUCUGAACUACUGGCUCACCAGUCAGUUCACACUGGGGAGUGGCCAUUUACCUGCUCAGAUUGUGGGAAGGGAUUCACUCGGUCAUCUGAUCUGCUGGCACACCAGCGAGUUCACACUGGGGAGAGGCCGUUCACUUGCUCAGACUGUGGGAAGGGAUUCACUCGGUCAUCUGAUCUGCUGGCACACCAGCGAGUUCACACUGGGGAGAGGCCGUUCAUUUGCUCAGACUGUGGGAAGGGAUUCACUCGGUCAUCUGAUCUGCUGGCACACCAGCGAGUUCACACUGUGGAGAGGCCGUUCACCUGCUCAGACUGUGGGAAAGGAUUCACUCGGUCAUCUGAUCUGUUGGCACACCAGCGAGUUCACAGUGGGGAGAGGCCGUUCACCUGCUGUGAAUGUGGGAAAGGGUUCAUGUGGUCAUCUCACCUACAGAGACACCAGCGAGUUCACACUGGGUAGCGACCGAUCUCAUGCUCAGACAUUGAGAAGAGAUUCUCUCAGUCAUCUCAACUGAAUGUGCAUCAUUGAGUACACACGGGGGAGAGGCCGUUCACCUACUGUGAGUGUGGGAACGGAUUCACUCAGUAAUCUAACCUUGUGACACACUACCAGGUUCACACUGGGGAGAAAGUUUCAGUAAGCUGCAUGCUGGAUAUUUGUCCAUCACCAUUGCUGAAUGCAAUUUCGAGAGUGACUGUCGGUGCUGAACUCUGCAAUUAUUGCUGCUGCUCAUCACAUCCAGUUCUGUACCCUGGUCACUGGGCAUAGGAGGAGUUUCUUCUGCUGCAUAUUCACCUUUAAUGGGACUGGAGUUUAAUGUUCUGAAUGUGAGAUAAGUAAAUCAGUUCUAUUUGAAACUCUGUCUCUGGUACUUAGUGAAUUUAUAACACACCUAGUGUGCAGUAGAGAGUCAACUCAGGUGGACUGGACCCUGCUAGUGAUUCAGUUCCACGACAGUCCUUUUAAAUCCUCCCCUGUUGUUCAUCUCUUGUUCUCCCUGUGGUGAUGGGUUCCAAACAGUGAAGAGAUUUCCCUUCAAUUUUCUGCAGACUGAAGAAGUUGAGCUGACUGCAGUUCUGUCUGAAGUGUUCUUUGCCCCUCUAAUCUCUGGGCUGAGGAAGAAUGACAUUGGUAGUUAACCUCCUUAAUCAUGACUCAUUUCCACAUUAUGGGUCAUUUUCCCUGCUUCUAAAGGGUUGUUAGAAAAGACUCUUGUCCUCUAAAGACUGAAAGCAGAAUGGGAAACCAUCAGUUGGAUGUUCCACGGUGCAGGGUCAGAAACCAGAGGCGGGUCUGCACAGGGCAGAGUUUGGGGUUCUGGAGAAUGGUCGGGGUAGGAACAUAUGAUGAGGAGAAGGGACUCAGCAGCGGGACAUGGAAAUGAAUGACAGAGUAGCAACAUUUGGAAGCUGAUUGACUGAGAAAUAAUUUGGUUGUCUGACUGAUGACACAAGCAAUACCUGUUGUGAGGUGCUGUAUUGGUCGAGGAACGUGUGUGUUGGGAUGAUCUAUCGAGGGAGUUGUUCCUGCUUGUUUAUCCUGUAAUAUUAUAUCCAGAUGUUUGCUAUGGAUUGUCCUAUCUGAAAUAAUAUAUUGAUUGUCAUAUAAUUUGUAAGAUUUUGAUUCUAAAUCUGGAUCAGUCUUGAAUAUAUGGUGCCUUUAUGAAGUGAUGGAGGGCAUUCAUGAGUUUGUAUUUUAAAGCAAGAUUUUGCUGAAUGAUAUUUGCCACUUGAUUGUACCUUUGUUAGUAAUCAGAUUGAGUUAAACUGCUGCAAGAUCAUGGAAUGUGUUGGAUUGUGUUGGAUUGUGUCUGGUUUCUCCUGGCAUUUUCUGCAUUUAUUGCCUGUUUGUCUUUUAUGUAGUUUUCAUUUUUUAAUAUGUUAACCACCUUGUCCUGUACAGUAUUUCCCCAAGAACCCCUGUUUCUGGGAAGGGAUCUCCAACUCUCAGUCAGGUGCUCGAUGCUUCCUUGUCACCAUCUCAUCAGCUCAGAUCAUUGGGAUGUCUCCCAUGGAGGAUCAUACUCAUCCCACUGGUUAAUGUUUUCUUCCAUAGUGAGGAUUCAUUUUUCUGAGUUGGCCUCUCAUUAAGUUUUCUGGUCUGUAUUUCUCAUCAGAAUUGCAUAUACCUGCAUGGUGUGCUGAAUCCUGUUUAUUUUGUAUGAAAACAUAUACUUCAGAAGUCUUAUCAGACUAUUGGUGAUUUUAUUAAAUGUCUGUUACAGCUCUUCCUCCUUCUGUCCUCGGUAGUGUUAAUCUAAGUGUCUUUGAGUAUAAAUAGUCUUUUCCUAAUUUGUCAUUUCAGUUUCUGUCUUUCUUUGUAAAGUUUCCGGAUUGGAAUGGGACCAAGAUAUUUUGCCUAAGGAAAACGUUAAUAUGGGUAUAGCAAAAGUGUUUAUUGCCUUUGUUGUAGGCAUUGAUCCUGUGGAUAAAACAUUGAUCAUAUGGACAGCCAGAGGAUUUUUCCUAUGGUUGAAAUGGCUAACACGUGGGGGUGUAAUUUUAUGGUGCUUGGAAAUGGGGUACAAAGGGGAUGUCAGAGGUAAUUUUUUCACAAAGCGCAUGGUAUGUGCGUGGAAUGCACUGCAGGAUAAGGGAGUAGAGGUGUUCCCAAUACGGUCUUUUAAGAGACUCUUAUAUAGGUACAUGGAGCUUAGAAAAAGGGCAAUGUGGUAGGAAAAUUUUAGGCAGCUUCUAGAGUAGGUUACAUGUCGGGCACAACAUUGUGGGCCAAAGAGUCCGUAAUGUACUGUAGAUUUCUAUUUUCUCUGUUCCAUUUGUUAUACCAUGGAUAUCUGCUUGGCAAAUGUUCUUAAACCUUGAAGUAAAUGUUGUUA